AUGGUCUUUUCAGAGAACCCAGUCAACAGACGUGGCGAAGUCAUGGUCGUCUCAUCGAAUACAGGCCCACCACGGCUCGACCUCGCACUCGCCCGGGGUCGCCGCGGCACGUUCGACAGCUUUGACAGCGGCAGCGAACGCGGAUUCCACCCUCGCACGGCACGCUCGUCCAACGACCUCUUCACACAAGCCCUCGGCAGGAUCGAUACGGCAGAUUGCGACUCGGAAUGGGGCGCGGUGCGCGCGAGCGCCAGGGAGAACUGCGACAGAGGAGGGGGCAUGGCGGACCUCAUCGACUUCCUCCGGACUACCUCGCCGCCGCCAGAAUUCCCCUCGCAACAGUCCCUUUUCGAAGACGACGCCGCCACCACCGUCGUCACCGAGUCCCAGGAGCAGCAGCGGGAGAGAUGGGGACUGCUCAGGAAGCUGCGCCGGCCGCGCACGCGGGCCAGGUCAGAGUCGCCCGUCCGCCGACCCCGAACCGCAGGACUUCCCAACUCUGCCGUCGCGUCCAAGACGAGCAGCGGCCACUCGCAUAUCGCAAUUUCCAUCCCGCUGGAGUACUGCCACGUAGGACCGGACUCUGACUGGGCCCUCGCCAUCUUCAAUGCCACGCCACCAUUACCCCCAACUCCCCCGGUCAGAAUCAGCGACGAGGAAACCAGGAACGGCAUCAGACCUUAUGCUAGCGAGCGUACGGUCACUGUUCUCAAGACUGUCAGUGAGAAGGGAUCCAUCUCGACGCUCGAUACGAUGAGCACCAAGAGGGGAUGUAAGGGCUCGGUGUCGAUAUGGCCCAAGAUCAACCCCAACCCCAUGAGUCCGCCCAGGACGCCUUACACGACACCUCCGGGUAGCUUGCGUGGGCGCUCCUCAAUGUCAAAGACUAGGCGCGACCGACUGCCUCCUCCGCCGCCUCAGUACGCCGAACUCCCGGCCGAGCCCGUCCACGCGGCCAAGAGCUCUUACAGCAGUCUCAACAAAGAGUGUGGGUUCUCCAGGGACGAGGGCUCCAUUGCUCAGAUCCCCAACACGAAGAGACCCAGAGCGAGAACAACGCCAAGGCGGCCUGAGAAUAUCGUGCUGCCGCCGAGAAGGUCGAGCAUCAAGAUUGUGAGGCCACAACCAGAUGCAGUCCUAGACAGUCAGAGGUCGAUCGAUGGCAUCCUGGGCGGUGGCUCUCAGCGCCAGAGUGUACUGUCAGACGGCCCUCAACUGAGUCCCGGAGCCUUUUCCGAGGCACACUCCAUCAGUCCGAGCAUCGCAACCACAGAGCUAUCAGAGCCGGUCAUUUCGAGCGCCCGGUCUGCAAAGGCAUACUCAAUGGCAUCUAUCAAGCAGUCCGACAUGCCGGUACUACCAUCUCGCCAGUCCUUUUCUGUCCGGCCGGGGAGCAGCGAUACAGCGCAGACCACCCUUGUGGGAGAGUCGCUGGCGUCUCGAAACCCCUCCACAAGAACGGCUGCCUCGCGGCAAAGUCGUAAGGAGCGUGUCAAGUCUCUUAAGCAAAGAGACAUGGAUGCGCUCCGAGCUCUCACAAGACAAGGACCCCAAGACGAGGACGGCGAGGUGACGCCGAGGCCCAGGACUUGCGAAACGGUCAUUAGCUCCCUGCGCCUCCCUUCUCGAGAUGGCACGUUCGGGUCCAAGGACCACCUACCGCAAACAAAGUUAUCCGCCACAAACUUGGCACACAUGGCCAAGUCUCACAAGAAAGCGACAAAACACAACAAGAAUGGUACUUCAACCAAGAUAUCAGACUGGCAGGCCACGCAGGAUACCGAGACGGAAACCCCAGGAUGGGAGACGGCGCAAGAGGAGCUCACGCCCGGCUGGGAAUCCGCACUGGAGACGCCCACAAUCGACUGGGACAAGACGCCGUUUUUGGGAGACAUCACGGCCGCCGACCAUCGGACCUCGACUGACACGAUGGACACAGCCGCUAACACGUUUGGGAACGGGGACGUGAGAGACAGCACGCUCAGCUCCGAGCCGCCUCGUCGGUGGGGCAGUCUUCACCGCGCCAGCUGGGCGAGCUCGGUACCACUCUUGGACCGCAUUGGAAGCUUCGCGCCGUCCGACGCGAGUAUCGUCGCCCAAGCGGUAGAAAUGGACGAUGGUCACGCAGAACCGCGACCAGCUCGCAUGACGCGCGCCGACUCGGGCACUCUUUCACAAGCGGACGCGGACCGGCUGUGCUCGAACCGCUUCAGCUUUGCGCUGUCCGACGAUAAGGUCAAGAUUGAUGUCGCGGACGACAGUCAGUCCAUCGCGGGCAGCAUCGCUGCCUUCCCCAAACCCGGCUGCGGUCCUCGACUGAGCGCCAUCAUGCCCGUCGCCGAGGUCGUCCCCUCGCUUCCGGUGGACGAGAGGUGGUCUGCGUCAACCCUCAACUCGCCGGUGACGGUCAUCGAGGUCUCGCACCCUCCCUUUGCGACCAGCCAGCCGUCGGGACAAGCUCCGACGCACGUUGCUCGCCCACAUACUGCGGGCAACACUAACCCCGUGCUCUUCAACACCGCCAGGGCCGAGGGACAUAUCGACUCGUCUGACAGCAAAAGCGACGCAGACGAAACAGCAACCCUACGCCCGAAAAGCCUCCGCUCUCAAGAGGGAGACCGAGACCCCCUCAACCUGCUCACCAUGUCAGCCCGCGAACUCCGCAACCACUACGCCAACCUCCGCAGCGUCCAGGUAAACAAUCUCGCGCACGAGAUGCUCCGCAACCAGGAGCGCCUCGAGCUGCGCAUGCACCAGCAGGAGCGGAACCAGAUGCUCUUCAUCGAGCGCCUCGAGCGCUGCAUGAGCGACCUGCGCAGCCUCCCCGGCGGCGGCGUUGGUCUCGGUGACGACGGAGGAGACGACUACGUCUACGAAGAGCAGCACAUCAGCCGCGACGCGAGACACGAGGUCCGCGUGCGGAGGACGGGCCGCAUACGCGGGAACACUACGAGCACCACCGCCACUACCACCACCACCCGGACAUCACAGCGGCAGCGGCAGUCCGAGGAUUCCCACACCCGGGGGAACGGUGCUCGACGCACCGGUGGGGACUUUGACGACUUUGACGGGGACUUUGUGCACCUCAUUCAUCCCCGACAGAGGCGCCCGUCCACCUCGCACGAGAUCACCCCUCGCACCAGCGUCAGCAUCGGUGGCGGCGGCAGGGCGGUCCGGGGAAGUAGGCACCAGGCGGUGAUGAUGCAGCCGCUCAUCUCGCGUGGAGGGUUGGACGCCAUGGACCCGCUGAUUCGUGAGCUGCAGUUUGCCUCGCGGUAUGAAUUAGAGGGAGGUUGA